GACUGGCCCAGCGCGCCUGCGCGGCCGGAAGUGCCUGGGUUUCCCGGCGACGCGGCGCCCGCCUGUGCUAGCGGCUUGUCUCCCGCACGCGCGAGGGGCUGGCGGCGAUGCCGUGGCUGUUGUGUGCGCCCCGGCUCGGCCCCGCCGCCAGGAGAGCCCGCGGCCUCGCAGGAUGCACACCCAUUUUACAGAGGAGGUUCUCCCUCCAGCCCAUUCCAAAGAGGAAGAUUCCCAGCCGGUAUCUGGGCCAACCCAGCCCUUUUACACACCCACACCUUCUCAGACCAGGCGAGGUGACUCCAGGCCUGUCCCAAGUGGAAUAUGCCCUCCGCAGACACAAACUGAUGGCUUUGAUCCAGAAGGAAGCCCGAGGCCAGGGUGGGACAGACCAAGCAGUGGUCCUGCUGUCCAAUCCCACGUUCUUCAUGAGCAAUGAUAUCCCCUACACCUUCCACCAAGACAAUAACUUCCUGUACCUCUGUGGAUUCCAGGAGCCCGACAGCAUCCUAGUCCUCCACAGCCUCCCUGACCAGAAUCUCCCUGCUCACAAAGCCAUGCUCUUUGUCCCUCGGAGAGAUCCCAGCCGGGAGCUCUGGGAUGGGCCACGGUCGGGGGCUGAUGGAGCCGUGGCUCUCACUGGAGUGGAUGAAGCUUUCCCUCUGGAGGAGUUCAAGCAUCUGGUGCCCAAACUGAAAGCGGAGACAAGUACAGUUUGGUACGACUGGACCAAGCCCUCCCAUGCCCAGCUGCAUUCUGACUACAUGAAGCCUGUGACAGAGGCCAAAGCUGGGAGCAGGAACAGGGUGCGAGCCGUCCGCCAACUGGUACAGCGCCUCCGACUCAUCAAAUCCCCUGCUGAGAUAGCGCUUCUGCAGGGUGCUGGGCAGCUGACAUCCCAGGCUUUUAUAGAGACCAUGUUUGCCAGCAAAGCCCCAGUAGAUGAAGCAUUUCUUUAUGCCAAGUUUGAAUUUGAGUGCCGGUCUCGGGGUGCAGACAUCUUGGCCUACCCGCCUGUGAUCGCUGGGGGUAACCGGUCUAAUACUUUGCACUAUGUAAAGAACAACCAAAUUAUUAAGGAUGGGGAAAUGGUGCUGUUGGAUGGAGGCUGUGAAUCUGCUGGCUACUCGAGCGACAUUACCCGAACCUGGCCAGUCAACGGGAGGUUCUCUGCGGCCCAGGUGGAGCUCUAUGAAGCUGUGCUGGAUGUUCAGAAGGCGUGCCUGGCCCUCUGCCGCCCUGGCAAGAGCCUGGAGAACAUCUAUACCCACAUGCUGGGUCUGAUAGGGCAGAAGCUGCAGGAGCUGGGGGUGGUGACCAGCGUCAGAGCCAGUGGCAUCAUCAAGGCCGCUCGGAAAUACUGCCCCCAUCACGUCGGCCAUUACCUUGGCAUGGAUGUCCAUGACACACCAGACAUGUCCCGAUCACUGCCCCUCCAGCCCGGCAUGGUGGUCACCAUCGAGCCAGGCAUCUAUGUUCCUGAAGAUGAUUGCGAUGCCUCUGAGAGAUUCCGAGGUCUUGGUGUGCGCAUUGAGGAUGAUGUGGUGGUGACUGAGGACUCGCCACUCAUCCUGUCCGCAGAUUGCCCUAAAGAGAGACACCAUGUUGAGCAGAUCUGUGGCCGGGGCUCUUGACCGGGAGCCUGGACAGACCUGUGCACCUGUAUCCGUACACACACACCUCAAGGAUCCUCCAUGGAUGUGCCUAUGCACGUUCUUGAGUAUAUGUUUGUGCAUGUGUAUGUAUAUGCAUAUAUGUAUAUAUGUGUAUAUACAUAUAUAUAUAGUUAUAUACUUCCUUAUUUGGGAGUUGAGGGGAGUCUUUAUGCACAGUUUCCUUUUAUUUUUGGGAAGCUUGAAGAGAGAAUCACUCCGCCGUACAUGAACUCAGCUCUGGAAAGAAGAGGAACCGUCUACAUACCGGUAGUGAUUUAGGCCAGCACAAGGUUUAAAAGUCAAGAAUCAGUGAGGUACCCAUCUCCCCUUGGCUUUGAUUAGUAAAUCGUUCAUUGUCAAAGUCAGAAAAAAGAUGCCCAUCUCCUGCCCUCCCUGUCAAGCCUUCUGUAUUCCUGCUUCCAGGGACGCCAUGGUUAAGGUUUCCAUGUAAUGUGUUUUAUGAGCAUUGCCCACCUGAACCUGCACUAGAGUCCACUAGUCAUUGACCUGGAGAUCAGGCAGGAAGCUUUUGGCUUGCCCUUUCUCUCUCUUCUUCCUCUCUUCCAUGGGUGGAUGGGGUCUUAUGCCUGUUGUUGCCCACAGUCCACAACCAAAAGCCCUCAGCUUUAUGUCCAUAACUUUGGUUGACUCUGGCUAGUGAGGCCACAACCUCAUUGCAAGUGAAGGCUCUGAGUCUAUUCUGUCUGCUCUUAUGCCUUAGAGGGCAGGAGAGGUGCUUGGUUCUGUGCAGACCUUGAAAAGCUGCACCCUUCCUCACCUCACACCUUCCUAUAGCUAACCCUACCUGAGUGGUUCCCAUCCCUUGGUCAGGGCACCUCUCUUCCCUGGCUGAUUAUCACAGUGAUGUGACCAGCCUCAGGCUGCAGCAUAGUCUGAGCAGGGGAGACUCGAUGUCUCUCCCACCAUUUGCUAAGGGCAGUGCUAAUGCUGCUAAAGCCUCUGAUGAGCCUUCAGCUGUCCUGACUUCGUUCAGGGCACACCCAGCUCUGGCUUUGGUGCUGGGGCCCAGCAAGAGAGGAAGCAUUAGGAAAGGGUUAAGAGUCAGUACAAAAAUCAAAGCCCCAGCUUCACAAAGUGCCAGUAAAAGGGCUGUGGAUUGUUUAAUAAACACGUCAGGGCAACAUGCUUGAGAAGUGACACCCUUUGUGGACUGCUGGAAGGGUACCUAUCUGAUAGCAAGACUGGAGAGAGAUACAGAGGAAGCCAAGGGCGGGCAGACGGGCAGGCGCUCCAUCGGGAGGCAAGGAUAAUGUUACAGAGCCAAAGUGUUACAAAUUAUAUCCGGGCUGCCCUUCCCCCCACCCCCUCGAGAUGGGGCACAUGGUGGCUGGACAGCUGGAGCAGGUGUCCACAAGGAGUCCUGGAGAGCUGAGAUGUCCCUUUACAGCCCUGACCCGGCACAUACAUGGGAACACACACACACACUCCCUUGCCUACGCCCCAACUUGGGCCUGCCAUCCCCCACUUUGAUGGAGAAGAUGAAACAAGCAAGGCAGAAGGGCUUCUUUUACUCAGGGUCCUCGAAUAAAGAUUGCCUUUUCUUUCUACAUAGCAUUCCUUGUGAAAGAACACAAAGUAACAAGUCUCCAACUUUCUAGCUAAGAAACCAGCCAGUCUUGGGGAGAACACUUGCUAGCUUUUGAUACUUACCUCCUCCUUCCCUCACAAAGAAACUUUCAAGUCACUGGGGACUUGGUUCUGGGCCCUGGAGCCCCAAGUGUGCCUUCUAGCAGAAUUGGGGUGGAGUGAUAUCCUGGCCAUUGUUCAGUCUCUCCUCAUGGGUCUGAGUCCCAGCAUCCCCACCCGAUCCUCCUGGAUACUUGAACUGAACGACGAGUGCUCCCAAGGUCAAAAUCCCAAGCACAGUCGCCUUGAAGACUUUUAUGAGGUGUCUGGCUUUGCUAGGCUUGGGAAUUGGAGAGCAGGCGGUUGUCCUACCCAGGGUUCAGCUUAGGUGCAUGCCAUAAAGAUUCAUCCUCCAGCCAGAAAAGUGUUCGAUCCUUUCAACGUCCCCCCCACACCCCCAAGUGGAAGCUUGAUUGGGCAGCAACAGGAAAGACACUCAAAUAUACUUUCUGCCCUUUUUCUUUCCUAAGUUUUGAGGAACACUGCAUCGAUACACAGUCAUUAUUUCAAGGUGGCCAUUGCUACUUGUAUUUGUUUAUAACAAGAAAGAAUCUGGUUUUUUCCUCUUUGGGUUCUGGGUAAAGAGAGGAGAAAGCAGCAGCCCCACUCUUGAGGUGUCGCUGUUAGGUGGGUGCCUUUAUCAGGUGUCUGAUCUCAAAGCAUCAAUUCUGUCAUUUAUUCUAGAAAGUGCUCAAAGGGAAGGAUUCUGUGUCACGCAGCCUCCCCUCUUAACUGGGAGUAAUGGUUGUUUUCCGAUAUAUCAGAAUUUAUCUUCAGAGCCACUUGGUGAGUCCCUCAGGGAGUUAGGGCCUCUUCACUUCUAACCACAGAGGACUCCUCUGCUUUUCCCAUGGUGCCAGAAAGAAAGUCCAGCAAUAACAGAGGAAAUCCGAUGUUGCUUUUGAGGAAGGGGGUGGGUGGCUUUUUGAUUUUGAUCUUCACUUUUGCCAUUUAGUUAAACAGUGUUAAAGUCAGACUGGAGCUGACAAAGCCUUUGUCUUGAGGGUAGUGUCCCUUUAAGCUGAUGAGCUUGCUUGGAUGCUGUGCUAGGCCUAUCCUUAACUGGAACAGGAGAGAAAGGUCGGAUCACAAAAUACCUCAUGGCUCCCUUGGGGGAAGACUCUGUCUCUUCUCUUAUUCCAAGGCCCCUCCCAAGUUCAUGGAACAGCUGGGUGUUCCCAACUGCCCUCUGCUUCCUGCACCCAUGGGGAAAUCAUGGUAGAUUGAUGGUGGGGAAUAGCAGUGGUCUCCUCAUGGGGUAGCUGAUUGGAACCAGCAUUCUGACAGUUUUGUGUACUUGCUGUACAUGCUAUGAAUAUUGAAUUUAUAUGAAAUGCUGUUACUUCAUAAAGACUUGCCCACCAAGAUAUCAGGUAUUUCCCAACAAGGGAAAAAAUUGUUACCAGUGUUUAAAAAUUAAACUGCAAUAUACUGUC